AUGACUGAAGUCUUCCCGUCCGAGGAGAAGACAGAGCCCUUCACUCCCGAGGAGCUGCACCAGAGACUGUUGCACGAUAGCAUCCACCUCGACGAGGUUGGCGAUGCCCACUAUGACAGUGUUCCCUUGGACAACCUCGUCGUUGACCAAGAUCACCACCGACAAAACAUCCGCAUACUCGUGCGCCCGCUGACCCAGAGUCGCUCAGUGAGCCCUGGAAAUGAUAAUUGCCAGUGGCUAGCUCUGAGCGCCGAGUUUGCCGACCCUCAGCAGCCUAGAUACAGGGUGCUGGCUGUGACUCAGACCUCCAAGGACAUCAAUUUCUCCAUCAGAAUCCCCCAAGGCCAAGGGGAAGAUGAGGUUCGCCCACCACUGUGGUGCGAGCUAUACUACGAUCCGGCCAGCGAUAGUCUGAUCCUGUGGAACAAAUCAGAUGUCCCCGUCGCGCUCGCCAGGACAUCCCAUCCCAAUCACACUGGCGCCAACUUUGAUCAGGAGCUUGUGCCUGGAGCCACCAAGGAGCUGUCGCCCGGCACCUGGAGGAUCAGCGUCGGCAUCCCAGUCCUGGACUUCCGAAUCUUGGAGAAACGCCCUGCGACCUUGCAGGCGUCCAUUGACAAUCCCGAACCAUCAAUCGUCAGGAGCCCCAUCGGGCGUAACUCGUCCGGGAAACGAUCAUUUUCUCUAGACGACAACGAACAGGAUAAUGGCGUUGUGGAGAAGAGGCUUCGUGCAGAUGACAGCCAGAACGCCGACAAGGACGGCGUCAUCAUAUUCCUAGGGCCGAAGGACGAACCGCUCAUCUUCCCUCUACCCAACGCCGCCAAGACCAAGGAAGUUUCCAUUGCCAACGGUCAUGCGCUUUUGGAAAUCCAGAAGGACGAGACCGCUGCUAUACCUGGCGCAGGCGAGCUCGACCAGUACCUGUUAACAAAACGCCAUCAGAUCGCCACCACCGGCGCGUCCUCUGUCUUCACAGCCGAACACUCCAACGUGCCCGAGGGUGUUAUCACAGUCAAAGUCCUGAAAACCAGGGCGCCGGAUGCGGACAUGAGACCGCAGGAUACCCACAGGAAUGUUAUUCGUCAGGCAGAUAUCUGGCUUCGGGAGUACCAGAGCCAAGAGGACCUGAAGCAUGAGUCUAUCGUCAAGCUAUAUGGUGGUGACGCCCGCUACUUAUCUCUAUACAUGGAACAUAUCGAUGGAAAAGAUCUGGCCGCUCGCGGAGUGUGGCGGGAAACCUCUACUGACCAGUUCAUCGGUGACCGCACAGACGCGAUCCGAAUCCUCAGAGACAUCUCGGGUGCUCUGCAUUAUGUCCACUCGAAGAGACGUAUUCACAACGACAUCAAGCCGGCCAACAUACUCUACUCGCGCGACAGGGGCGCCGUUCUCUGCGACUUUGGCCUGUCAACUCGGAUAGUUGACCCGGCUACGAAUGGGGGUACGCCAUUCUACGUUCCGCCCGAAUUCAUCGGGCAAAAGCUGCGGGGAGCAGCCUCUGACGUUUGGGCGCUCGGCAUCACCAUGUUAUACGUUCUGAGGAAGAUCGCCUUCCCUGAUGCGCGUGGGCGGCAAGGUCACCCAAAGCAGCUGUACUGGAUGAUCGCCGAUUUGAACAGAAAACCCGCCGCCCACUCAACUCGGGGUUCUUCAGCCGUCGCACAGAUGCAACAAUGGCUCGGCGAGGUCUACGAUGCCAGGGCCAAGCUCAACCCGCGCGACAAGAUGGAGUUCCUAGUAUUGCAAAUGCUAACGCCCAACCCGAACCAACGUAUCACUAUGGCAAAGGUCAGGAACGAAGUACUCAAGGACAAAGACAUCGUCACUCACAGAUGA